CUCCCUCGGCAGAAGCUUGCAUUAGGAGGGGUUUCACUUAGUGUGGGCGGCCGGAGAACACUGUGGGUCAACUGUUCCUGCCACCCUCCUGGCCCGAUACCAUGGGAGUGACUUGUGUGUCCCAGAUGCCUGUGGCUGAGGGCAAGAGUGUCCAGCAGACGGUGGAGCUCCUCACCCGGAAGUUGGAGAUGCUUGGGGCAGAGAAGCAAGGAACAUUUUGCGUGGAUUGUGAGACCUACCACACAGCUGCCUCCACUCUUGGCAGCCAAGGUCAGGCUGGGAAGCUGAUGUAUGUGAUGCACAACUCAGAGUACCCUCUGAGCUGCUUCGCUCUCUUUGAGAACGGCCCUUGGCUUAUUGCCGACACCAACUUCGAUGUGCUCAUGGUGAAGCUCAAGGGCUUUUUCCAGAGUGCCAAGGCCAGCAAGAUUGAGACCCGGGGUACCCGUUACCAGUACUGUGACUUCCUAGUGAAGGUGGGCACAGUCACCAUGGGGCCCAGUGCCCGAGGCAUCUCUGUAGAGGUAAGACCUUGGGGAAACAGGAGCAGUAUGUGCUGAAGGGCUGCUCAGCAG